GCUUACAGACAUGCAAGUGCCCAGCGUGUCUUUAGCAAGUUGAUACAAUAUAUGAGGGAUUUGUUUGAGGAAAGGAAAAUAAAACAUGGUUGGUCUAAGCCCAGUGGCGCACAAAUUACUAAAUUACGUUCCCUAUUUACUGGUUCUGAUCGAUCUUCGAUACGAAGGAGUUAUUGGUGGGAAGGACGGUGGUGUUGAGACUCAUCUGGAGAUGGGGAAGAAGCUUCUGGCUGCCGGACAGCUGGCUGAUGCUCUGUCCCACUUCCAUGCUGCUGUUGAUGGAGACCCCCAAAAUUAUAUGUCUUACUAUAGAAGAGCAACUGUGUACCUAGCCAUGGGAAAAUCAAAAUCUGCACUACCAGACCUUAGCAAAGUCAUCGAACUUAAACCAGACUUUACAUCGGCAAGGCUUCAGAGAGGCAGCCUACUGCUGAAACACGGCAAACUUGAUGAAGCAGAAAGUGAUUUCAAAAAAGUGCUCAAAUCAACCCCAAGCAGCAGGGAAGAGCAGGAGGCUCAAAGCCAGCUGAAGAAAUCUGAUGAAAUUCAGAGACUCGUGGCUCAGGCUCAGAAUGAUUUCAACCGCAAGGACUACGGCUCAGCCACAUCACACCUUGACAUCAUCAUUGAAACAUGUGUUUGGGAUGUGGACUCCAGAGAGAUGCGGGCUGAGUGUUUCAUUCAGUUGGGUGAAAUGGGCAAAGCCAUCAGUGACCUUAAAGCUGCUUCAAAACUAAAAAGCGACAACACACAAGCUUUCUACAAGCUAAGCACCAUCUAUUACAACCUGGGAGACCAUGAGAUGUCCCUCAAUGAGGUGAGGGAGUGUCUAAAGCUGGACCCUGAUCAUAAUCAGUGCUUCAGCCACUACAAGCAAGUUAAGAAGCUCAACAAGCAGAUCCAGGCUGCUGAGGAACUGAUCCAGCAAGAGAAAUACAGUGAUGCAGUUAAUAAAUACGAGUCUGUUAUGAAGACUGAACCAAAUGUUCCUCAGUUCAUACUUGAUGCCAAAGAGCGCAUAUGCCACUGUCUGUCUAAGGACCAGCAAACUACCAAAGCCAUCUCGGUAUGCAGUGAAGUUCUGAACUCAGAUGCUCAGAAUGUGAAUGCUUUGAAAGACAGAGCAGAGGCCUUCCUUCAAGAUCAGCAAUAUGAAGAAGCCAUCAAGGACUUUGAGACUGCUAAAGAACAUAGUGAGAAUGACCGACAGAUCAAAGAGGGACUGGAGAAAGCACAGCGCCUCCUUAAACAGUCCCAGAAGAGAGAUUAUUAUAAGAUUCUGGGUGUGAAGAGAACUGCCCAAAAGAAAGAGAUCUUGAAAGCGUACAGGAAGUUGGCACAGCAGUGGCAUCCAGACAAUUUUCAGGAUCCAGAGGAAAAGAAAAACGCUGAGAAGAAGUUCAUAGACAUUGCUCAAGCCAAAGAAGUUCUAACUAACCCAGAAAUGAGGAGUAAGUUUGACCAGGGUGAGGACCCCAUGGAUCCUGAGAGUCAGCAGAGUGGAGGACAUCAUCAACACUUCCACGGGGGCUGGGAGAACUUCCAUGGAUUUAAUCCUUUUGGUUCUGGACCUUUUAAUUUCAAAUUCGGUUUCAACUAAGGCUCAGCUGAAAGAAUUUGGGGGUGCCUGACAUGAAUGUGUGCUGAGUCAACCAACAGGAACUGGAACCAGCUGACUCUGCCCACAGGCACUGUUCUAGCAUAAAAAGUGGCUUGAAACAUCCCAUGCUGUUUAGUGGGCAAGUGAUCCUAUUGCUAACUGUUGUCUGUUGCAAAAUUUUUUCGUUAUUUGAAGCAGCUCCUCUUCUUUCAGGGAUCUUACAAGUCAGAGCGCAAGCUUAAUUGCCAAGCAACGUCUGUGCACGUUUUGACAUUUUUAUUCCCAAGAAUAAUAUGUACAUAGAAAACGACACUAUUUUUCUAUGAAUCAAAUAGUGCUGUAAAUACAGAAACAAAGAGAUAUGAGUGCUUAAAGUAUGAGUAUUUAAAUA